GAGACUUCGUAUACCUAUAUAGGAUGAGAAGAAGAAAAAAGCGAAGAUAGAGAGUAGAGAAAAGAGAGAGAGAGCUCUACGCGAAUAAAAGACAGCAAGAAAGAGACAUACAGAAGGAUAUUAUGGCUUCUACUGUUUCUCCGCCCUUUCUUCUUCUUCUUAUUCUCAUACAAAAACUUUUCUCCUUAUAGUGCACUCUUUUUAUUAUUACUCGUUGUUAUCUUGAUAUUGAAUAAAAAAAGAUAUAUAAAAAGUGAAUCAAGUGCUAGUGUUGUUGUUGGUGGCUAGAUUUUGAUAAGAAAAGGAGAAGAGAGGGUGGGGGGUUAUCAAGCUACGGUUGCUGCUGCUGAUAUGGAUAUUGAAACUUGAGACCGAGAUAGAUAUUUUUUUCUUUUUCUACGAAUAAUUAAAAAAUGUUUCGGGUACGAAUGCGAGCGAGACGCAUGUAAAAACAAAAACGUCCAUCUUUUAUCCCUUCUCAUUCCGCGGCUCAAUUUUUUAUUAUCUUCUCUUGAUCAAGCUUUCUGUCAGGAACAAACUUGUAAAUGAUCAAAAUGUAUGAGAACGAACCUGUGGAAUAUAUUGUUAUAAAACCAGAGUCCAUUGAACUAUUUAAUGAGGAUUGGAUAAAAGAUGAUUCAAUUAACCCUGAUCAAGAGUUUCCAAGUGACAAUAUUGAUGAGUGUUGUUUUGUGAUUCCUUCAGGAGAAGUUAUUAGAUUAAAUAACGAAGACACAAUAAAAACUCCGUUUUAUUUGGAAAGUUAUUUUUUGGACAAUGAUAGAUUUAGAAGUAAGUCUCCUAGUGUACCUACUGUCCAGUAUAUCGUGGAAGUGGACAGAGUUUCGUGUUUUGAGUGUGACAUUGUCUUUUGCAACGAGCACAAAUUACUCGAGCACCUCAUGACUCACAUAGACAUACAUAGGAUGGGAUGUAACGUUUGUGAUCGGGAUUUAAAUUCGGAAGAAAAGUUUCAUCUUCAUACUAUGGCUGUAACUUGGCAAAGCGUGUACUAUUGUGAUUUUUGCAGAAAAUCCUGUGCUGGCGUGGUUAGGUCCAAGAGCCAACCUCCACCUCCAGGAAAGACAUACAUGUGCCAUGAUUGUGAAUACUUAACAAAUCCUUAUAAUGUGAAUUUUCAAAGUUUAAAGUCUAGAGCCAUAAAACCAACAUUCAUCUCACUUCCUCCUCUAGAAGUUCCAAUACUUAAUCCAGUCUCACAACCGACAGAAGUGCUACAAGACCAUAAACAGAAACCCGCCAAUGAGGCAAAACACGAAAAUUCCUCAACCGAAAAUUCAACUCCCGAGAUGCAAGACUGCUGCAAGCCCCACAAAGAAAACAAGAAAACAACGGGAUCGAAGCCUAGAGUUAAAGUUGUGAGUGAGUGCAUGAAACAGACUCCAAAAAUGACCACGCGAUCACAGGCAAAAGAACAACUAGUUGAGUCUUAUGAGUGCAGUGAGUGUCAAAUUUCAUUUAAAGAUGAAUAUUGUCUGAUGCAACACAUGAAAAACAAGCAUAAGUUCCACAAGCUCAGGUACAUCUGUAAGUUCUGUGAUAAGGAGUUUACUCAGCAGCGCAGUUACGAAAAACAUGUGAGGAUCCACCAGCUUGCAAAAAAUUACAUGUGCUUUCUCUGUAAUAUUGCAUUUUUGUCUAAAUCUGAACUCGUACAUCAUGCACGUUGUUAUCAUAACGUAACUGGGUUGAUUAAUACCUACUGUGAUGAUACGAACAAUGUAGCUUUGGAGUUGCAAAGAUCGUGA